AUGUCAGAACCAUCGUUUUCUAGUGCUCGUCGACAAUCUUUAUUUGCAAAAUAUAGACAUUUUCUAGCAACACCAUUCUUCUUUGGAUUUUCAGCACAUGUACUCUCACCAACAUCGUUUCCUCGCAGGCUUAUCGGCUCUCGGUUUGAUUUACCUUUAACCGAUGCACUCUGGUUUGGAUCUCAUGCUGGUAUUACUAUGUAUUUAUAUACUUCAAAACAUUUACAAAGUACUAAUCCAUUUGAACGUUUAUUAUAUAGUAUUUAUGGUUCAACAAUGUUUAAUUUUGGAAUUGGUUUAUCAAUUAGUGGAGGUUUAUUAUGUAUUGGACAACGAUAUAUUCAUUAUAUUGAUGAAAUUUUUGAUGCAAUACGAUUUCGAACAAUAAAAUGA